AUGCUGCUCGAGCAUCAUCGUCGGGUUGAUGCGAAUCGUCGAACGGAGACUCAGAAGUGGACGACUCCAUUCAUCGAAUCGAUUACUUCCCACAAGGAUAUUCUCCGCUUAUUUCUCACUCUUCGCGAUCCAGAUAUUAACGCUCUCAAUAGUGACGGGACACCUGUGUUGACGCUGGCGAUACAAAAUAUAAAUACGACCAACCACAGAGGCAAGGACAUUGUCCAAAUGUUGCUUGAGCAGAAGGGCAUCAUAGCUGACCAGCGUGAUAAAGAAGGGAUGACGCCGCUUAUGCAUGCCACAGUGGUUAGUGAAUAUGAUACUGUUGAAUCUCUUGUGUUUAGAAGGGAUGUGGAUAUCGAUGCUAGAGAUCAUACAGGGAGGACGCCGCUUUUCCAUGUUCGGUCGAGUUCAGAGAGUGAGAAAAUAGCCCGUUUGCUGGUAGAGUUUGGCGCGGACAUUAAUGCGAGAGAUAAUGAGGGCGAUGAGACACCAUUUCUGGCUGCAUGGCGCCGACGUGAUUUCAGUGUCAUGGCGCUCCUGCUUGAGGCUGGGGCAAAGCCGACGUGGGUACAGGAGGAAAUCGAUGACGUGCGUGUUUUCCACCCGACCAAGCUGUUUCGGCUGGCUGUGAAAAAUAGACAUGCGAUGUCAACGGAACAGGCUCUCAUUCUGAUUACCAAAGGCGGUCUCCCAGACCCUACCACCUCCCCAGAUAAGUAUGGACGAACGCCGCUGUGCGUUGCUGCUCUGCGUGGGAAAGGAUGGCUUGUCGAAGUGUUGCUUGCACAUAGCAGGGGCGAAUUUGAGCGGACCGCACAACCACUUGCCCUCAUUCUGGCUGCGAUGAACGGACAUGACGGGAUCGUUCGCCAUUUUUUGUCCGCAGAAGCUAAUGGCCCUGACCCUAUUCAGGGAUACAUAGAUCUGCUAGAAGCCAUGCGCCACGGAUACCACGAGGUGGUGAAGAUGUUCAACGACAUCCGCCAUAGUUCUCCUCCUUCGUAUCCAUCAUGGCUGCCAUUGUUCAUAGCUGCCCUAUAUGGGCAUGAGCAUGUUGUGAAAAUGUUUAUAGCAAGCAAAUCGGCCACAAUGGCCAGGAAGAUGGCCACUCUGCAAGGCGAAUAUGGAAAAGAUCGAGAGUGA